GAUGAGGGGGCAGGUCCUGUUAUAGUGGAUUGUAUUACUGCCUUGGCAGGUGAUGCUGCAGCUCACACGGGGCUGGAACAGCCUCCUUGCUUAUCUGCUUUUAAUUAGACAGGUGACCUCGUUUCAGCACCGACGUGCGUCAACAGCUCCGGGAGGGACGCGCAUAUUCCUCCAGCCUUUACGCGCCUUUCGCGUCUGACAGACAAAGCUCUUUCCCCCCCUCCCUCCCUCAAGGCGCAGCCUUUCCACCGACAGUUUCAGCACCGGGACCGGAGCUGUCCACACAUUCAGCACUUUUUCUUCCCUUCCUCAGGACACGAGAGCCGCACCAGUCAGAUCGCCAAGCCAAACGAUCCGCGGCAGAUUGUUUCGGGAUGGCGUCAAAACGCGUUGGCCUUUUCGUGCUUCUCCAGCUCCUUGCUCUGAAUGUAGUGAGCCAGACAUCUGCCUUCCCCACACCUACAGCCUCAGCGGAUGAUAAAACUGUGUACAACAGACAGCUGACAGAAGAAAGACCUUUACAGGAACAGAUUGCAGAGGCGGACAGCGUGAAGGCUGCGCUACAGUCAGCAGUGAGCAAGCAGCCGACGGCCCCCAAGGAUAGCGAGUCGGAGCAGGGUGACGACUUCACCAUGCUCAAGUCUCUGGCCGACGGCCAGAACCCAAAAGGAGCCCCAGAAGGGCCAGGGAAGAAGGAGGAUCAGUACAUCCCCGAUGAAUCUGACUCCACAAAGAGCCGACGCCUGGCUGACGACUAUGACUCCACUAAGAGCGGCAUGGACUAUGAUGACCCAGAAAGCUUCCGGCAGGUUGACGGCACCCCGCUGACUGCUGAGGAUAUCGUUCAGAAGAUUGCCAACAAAAUAUACGAGGAGGACGACAGAGGGGUGUUCGACAGGAUCGUCUCCAAGCUGCUCAAACUGGGGCUGAUCACUGAAAACCAGGCGGAUACUUUGGAGUUCCAGGUGGCCGAGGCUCUCCAGGACCUCAUCACCAAAAAUGCCAAAAAUAAUGAAAUUGAGGACAUGGAGAGCGUUGACCAGGAGACUAGGGGAGAGCAGGACGACCUGGGUGCAGACGCGGAUGCAUGGGAGCCCCCCAGGCGCCGUUACAACGAAGACGAUGAAGAAGAAGAAGUCAACGACGAUGACGAGAUCGUGGACAAGGUGGACAGGGAUGCAGAACAAGACGUGGACGGGGCUGACAAUAGUUGGGACAAAGAUAAAGAGGAGGGCAAUGAGGUGAACCCUGAAGACGGACUCCAGGACCUGCAGUACUUCCCAAACUUCUACCGUCUGCUGAAAAGCCUCGAUUCAGAUCAGGACGCUCAGGAGAGAGAAACUCUGAUCACCAUCAUGAAGACGCUGAUUGACUUUGUGAAGAUGAUGGUGAAGUAUGGCACCAUCACUCCAGAGGAGGGAGUUUCAUACCUUGAGAACCUGGACGCGAUGAUAGCCAUGCAGACCAAGAACAAGCUGGGAAAGUCCCUGGUCGUCCCCGAUAUCUCGGGUCUUACGGGGAAAAACUUGGAUGAGGAUGACAACACCAAAUCUGAGACGGCCAAGAUGCAGAAGGAAUACGAGAGCCUGAAGGAUUCGACCAAAGAGGAGCAGCAGCCGUCAGCCGAGACCAGUCAGCCGGGCAAAUCAGAGACCUACCUGGAGGCCAUCAGGAAGAACAUCGAGUGGCUGAAGAAGCACAACAAAGAGGAAGGCAAAAACGAUUAUGACCUGUCCAAGCUGAAGGAUUUCAUGGACCAGCAAGUCGACUCGUACAUCGAGAAGGGAAUCAUCGCCAAAGACGAGGGCGACACCAUCAAGAGGAUCUACAGCAGCCUGUGACAAGAUCCUCCGUCCAGAACUGAGUCCAACACUGAGAUCUCCAACUAAAACACUGACGAGUUCAAAUGCUUUCAAAUAGUGUGAUAAAUUAUACGCAGCAUAAUUAAGACAUUUCCAGACAUUCCAAAAAAGAACCAAAAAAAUGAGAUGUAAAAUUAGUCUCGACUAAAUUCAAAGCUACUAUCAAUCCAACUGUUUCUGUUUGCACCAAAAGAAAUUGAAGACAGUUAGCUAAAAUCCUUUAUAUGAGCUACCAGAAAACUACUUUGUCACGUCACUUGAUGAAGUCUGUGAAUGUAUCUGUUGGAAUCACACUUUACAAUAAAAUCCACAGCUAGCAAAUUAUACUAAUGUGUAACCUGUCUUAGUCAGACAGACAUAUGUUAUUUCUAGUGCAUAUGUGAGAUCCUAUGUAUUCUUGCUUUUUAUUUUACCAUAAUUAUGUUUGUGAUGUUACGUCUGUGCGCCUUGUUGCUAUCUUUUUUCCCCCCUCCCCUGUUCUGCUGUAUUUCAUCUGGAGCCCGCUAGGGGGCGGUGUCGCAGUCAGUAAUUCUCUUUGCAUGUCUCUACUGUGUUUUACGUUUCCGUCUAGGCAGAUGAUAAAAGUAUUUUUAAAUGUAAAUAUUGGUGGGGUUUUUCCUAACGUUGUAAAAGCAAAUAAAACAUUGCCUUUUCUUUA